UUCUUUAGAGUGUAGUCGAAUUUUGUUUUGUUGAGACACGAACUGGAAGUAGUUUUUGUUUAAAUAUUUUCGUAUAAAGUUUGAAUAAUGGGAUUUAAAAAUAUAUUUGCUGGUGUAUAUAUUGAAAAUAAGCCAGAGAGCUUGAUGCCGGUGAAAGAUAUUGAUUUCGAAAAAAAUGUGACUUAUUUAAAACAAACGUUAGCCGAAAAAAUAAGUGACGAUGCUAAAAACUUAGAUCUUAUAUACAAUGGUUCGUUGCUUGAAGAUCAUGUUAAAUUAGAAGAUGUUUUAAAACCGGAUGCGAUGGUCUUCUGUAUAAGAAAACAACGUAAACCUGAUGAAAUUGUGUCAAAAUCUGCCGAAGCAGAAAUAACCACAGAAACUAUAAACAAUACAGUUGGCUGGUUUGAUCAAAUCGCGCGCACUCAAAUUAAUGUUGUCUCCCGUGUAAAUAUAUUACAGGCUGUUAUAUCCAAGUAUCCAGAAUUUCGACACAAUUUAGGAGCCCAAGCUUUCAUUAGAGAUUCUGUGCUGUUUAGCACACUUAAUAAACGAGAGGUAAUAGAAAAAGUGGCGAAAACUUAUCCAAUAAUUGUUGAAGCGGCUCGAUUCAUUGUUAGUACUGUUAAAAAGGAAAUAACGAAAGAAAAUUCAUCACAGACUGUAGAGUCAUUUAAUUCUGAUUCAACAAAUUCGUCGGAGGAAGAAAACUUUACGGGUCCAAAUAGCAGUGGAGAAAAUAGUAGUAGAAAUGAAUCGCGCGCAAUCAGUCGACGGCAACUCCAAGCAGCGCUUGCCCAAAUUAACUUUGGUAAUGCUGGUCCUGGUUCCAAUUCGGUUAAUUCUUUGUCUAACAUUGCCGAAAGGAAUUUGGGACAGCAAUCCGAGCGAAAUGUUGAUUCCUAUCUUUUAAAUCCUGCAUCAACUGAAAGCUCCAAUAUCGAAACUCCAGAAGGUGCUCCUUCUGAAAGUGCUUCCCAAAGUGGUGAUGUAUCCAUGUCAAUUGCCGAUAAUACUGACAAUGAUGAUGACAUACCUGCUGGAUACAGAGAUCAUCAAUAUGCUAAUGAAUUACGCAUUAUGGCUCAAAUGGGAUUCGUUAGUUAUGAUGACAAUAUAAUGUAUCUAAACAUUACUAAUGGAGAUAUUGAGAACGCUAUAAAUAUAUUAAUGGCUACAAUGACUUAAGUUAUAUUUUAUGUACUUGUGAAUUAUAUAUAAAAAUUUUAAAGAAUGUAAAUUAAGCUAUCUAAAUAUGUGGUCUUUAAGUUAAUAUAAAGUGAUUUAAUAAUUCGAAAAGUGUUGUUUAUACAGUACAAAAAUCCUAAAUUAAUUGUAAGGACAAACUUGAAAUCUAUGAAUUUGUAUUUUUUUUGGAAGAAAAAUUAAUUUAAAUGCGGUACAAUAAAAUAAAAUAGAAACUACCUUAUUAUAUUUAAAAUACUAAACGUUUGUAUUAAAGCAUUACUUUGUAACAGUUUGUCAACUAUCUGCACACCAAGGAACUUAUAUUAGAAAUUAAACAGAAAUUCUGAGUAGAAGCGAAAUAGCAUAGAAUGCCAUUCUUAUCAGUUAAAAAAAUCCAUGUUUA